AAUGUUGCUGACAAAUUGGAAAAUUUUUGCAAUGUAAUGAAAGCACAUGAAGAAGUUAUUGUUCAACGAUAUAUUGACAAGUGUAUUAUAGUCUAUGGUAUAUCUAUGUUUACUUUUUAUCUGGUCACGUUUGUAAUAAUCACAUUGGUACCUCCUAUAACGCAUCGACCGUUUCCAAUAUUAGCCGAAUAUCCAUUUAAUGUAUCUUAUCAACCACUAAAAACAAUAAUCUUUAUACAUCAAUCUAUGAUCGGUAUAAUGAUGGCAGCACAACUAAGCACAAAUAUUUUUAUGGCUCUAUUGCUCUGGUUUGCAUCGAUAAGAUUUGAGAUAUUGAGCGAAGAGCUGAAAAAAGCUACAGAUUUAUAUUCGUUAUUCCAAUGUAUUAAAAAACAUCAAGAAUUACUCAUGUAA